UUACUAUAAUUUUCCUUCUGCUUCCACAAAAAGGGGGCUGACUCUUCUAUUUAGUGAAGUUCUCCUUAUCGGCAUCUUAUUUCAACCUCUGUAACCAGGAGGGAGAGAGAGAGAGAGUGAGUUGGAAGGUAAAUGGAGAGGGCAGGCUCACAUCUGCAAAUCUGCAGCCUCCUCAAACCCAGCUCCUCCAACUCUGCGUUUUGCACAGCACUGACCAUGAGAGACCAGGCAGUGUAAGUGAGGGGAUUUUAUUCAGUAAGAGUCCAGCUCCCUGCACAUCAAACUGUGGUGCUAAACUGGAGCUUGGUAUUUCAGGAACAUGGGUUGCAAAAUGAGAUCCAUGCAUUUUGUGCUUUGGUGUCUUUACUUCAUGCUCCUUCACUUGUUUUGCACAGCACAAGAUGAAGACAUGAAAUUAAGUUGUAGGACAGCACCAAGUGAUUUAGUAUUCAUACUCGAUGGAUCAUGGAGUGUGGAUGACAUAAACUUUGAGAUUGUCAAACGUUGGCUGGUAAAUAUUACCAUGAGCUUCGACAUCGGUCAGAAGUUCACCCAGGUUGGGGUGGUGCAAUAUAGCGAUGACCCCUUCUUGCAUAUACCCCUAGGAAAACAUUUUUCAAGCAGUGACCUCAUCAAGGCAAUGGAGUCCAUAGAAUACAUGGGUGGGAACACAAACACAGGGAAGGCCAUAAAGUUUGCCAAUGACAAACUCUUUGCCUUGUCUGAGCGAGGUCCGAAUGGCAUUGCAAAAAUUGCUGUGGUUCUGACGGAUGGGAAGUCACAAGAUGAAGUGCUAGCUGCUGCAGAAGCUGCAAGGAAAAAAGGGAUAAUUCUUUUCGCAAUUGGCAUUGGUUCUGAGAUCGAGGAGGGAGAGCUCAAGGCCAUUGCCAACAAACCAUCCUCAACCUAUGUUUUUUAUGUGGAAGACUAUAAAGCUAUUGUAAAGAUCCGUGAAGUUAUUAGGCAGAAGCUGUGUGAAGAGACUGUAUGCCCAGCAAAGAUUCCAAUCAAUUCUCGAGAUGAGAAAGGAUUUGACAUUCUCCUCCAUCUCAACUUGGCUAAAAAAGCUAAAAAGACACAAGGAUCUUUUGAUGGCAGCAAUGCCUACCAGGUGACAUCCCGAGUUGACCUGAGUGAGAGCACUAGGAUGUUAUUUCCAGGCGGACUUCCACCAUCCUAUGUUUUUGUGGCCACGCUGAAGUACAAAGGCUCUGUGGUUAUGGAGGAUUGGGAUCUAUGGCGGAUACAGACUAAGGAUGAAAAGCCUCAAAUGGCUGUUACUCUGAAUGGUCUAGACAGAACAGUGAUGUUCACCACCACAAGCAACACACCAAGUGGAACUCAAACUGUGGUCUUCACUAAAGCACCUGCUAAGAAACUAUUUGAUGAAAAAUGGCAUCAGCUGCGUCUUCUAAUUACAGAGGAAGACAUCACUCUGUAUGUUGAUGAUUUGGAAAUUGAAACCUUGGCAUUGGAGCCUCCUGAUGGUAUUUUUAUUAAUGGAAAAACACAGGUUGGGAAGUACGUAAGCAAAGAAACAACUGUACCUUUUGAAAUACAAAAACUCAGAAUCUACUGUGACCCUGAGCAGAAUAACAGAGAAACUGCCUGUGAAAUACCUGGAGUUUGUACUUAUGGACCAGGUGACAUUGAUUUAACACCAGAGCCAUGCAUCUGUCCACCUGGGCCACCUGGUGCCCCAGGAAUGAAGGGAGAACAGGGGAAAACAGGAGAUCCUGGUAUACCUGGCCCAGCUGGUGCUGAUGGUAAGCCUGGUGUCCCAGGUUUUAGAGGAAGUCCAGGAAUUCAAGGCACUCCUGGCAUGGAGGGGCCACGUGGAGCUGAUGGACAUAAGGGGGGGAAAGGAAGUCCCGGGGAAGCAGGUGACAGUGGUAUCCCAGGUUUACCCGGGCCACCUGGCAAACCAGGUGAAAAGGGGUCUGCUGGCAAUCAAGGCAUACAAGGACUACCAGGCAAAGAUGGACAAAUGGGUGAAAAAGGGAGUAGAGGCCCCGCUGGUCCACCUGGAUAUCCAGGAGAGCUUGGAGCACCUGGCAGGGAUGGGAAAGAUGGAAUUCCUGGAGGAAUUGGUCUAAAGGGAGAUCCAGGACUGCCUGGAAUUCCUGGAGUAGAUGGAAGAGAGGGACAUCCCGGCAUACCUGGUAUACCUGGAAAUGAUGGUCAGAGUGGAAUGAAGGGUGAAACUGGCUUGCCAGGACCGAAAGGAGCCAAAGGUACACCUGGAGACUCUGGUGAGAUGGGAUUGACUGGAAUGCCUGGUUCAAGUGGACAACCUGGCCCCAAGGGCACUAAAGGGGACAGUGGAGAACCAGGUCAACCAGGACCUCCAGGACUAGAGGGUAAGCCUGGAGAACCUGGGGCAGCUGGCCAGCCAGGACAUCCAGGAAUGUCAGGAUCACCAGGACUGAAGGGUCAAAGAGGAGAUGCUGGUGAAGGAGGAGUAGAUGGGAUGAAAGGUGAAAAAGGAGACUCUGGGCGACCUGGUGUUCAUGGUUUACCUGGGCAAGCUGGGCAGAAAGGAGAGGAAGGGACAGCAGGAGAGCCUGGUCAAAGGGGUCAGGUGGGCCAUCAGGGGCUCCCUGGACAGCACGGACAGACAGGACCUUCAGGUCCCAGAGGACAGAGCGGCGAAAUAGGCCCCCCAGGACCACCUGGACCUGAAGGACGACCUGGCAGAGAGCUGUCUGAGCAACAUAUACAGCAGAUUUGCAGAGAUGUCCUUCGAUCUGAGAUUCCUGCUCUUCUAUUGAGUAGCCAACACAAUCAUCACAGAAGCUGUGAUCGAUGCUACACACAGGUGGGACCCCCAGGGCCUCAAGGGCCACCAGGCCCUCAUGGCUUUCAAGGAUUCCCAGGUUUAUCUGGUUCUAAUGGGCUGCAAGGUCCGCAGGGUUUAUCUGGGCGGCCAGGUGUCCCUGGCAUGAAAGGUGAUCCAGGAGAAAAGGGUGAGAAAGGAAACCAAGGACGGUCACAAAUUGGAGAUCCAGGUCUCCCAGGAACACCAGGUCCAAUUGGUCCACCAGGGGUCGGAAAACCAGGCCACCCAGGUAAGCCGGGCCCACCUGGUCACAACGGCGAGGAGGGAAAGAGUGGGCACCCUGGCGAGCCUGGUCAACCAGGCGUGUGCCAUCCUUCCAUGUGCUACGGUGCAAUGUUGCGAAGAGAUCCUUUCAGUAAAGGGCCAAACUAUUGACAAAGCUUUGGCUGAAGUGCAGACAGUCUGGAUGCGGUGCUGCUCAGUGAAUGAAAGAAAACGAUAACAGCGAAUCUUUCCAAUCUCAGGAUGAUCAUAUUUUUCAAGAGUUUUUCUCACUCAUGGACCCAUGAAGUACCUCUUUAAGUGUAGAUAUUAAGAUGAUGUUGCCUACAUUAAAGGGGUCCUAUUAUGCUCUUUUACAAAGUUUUGAUUUUGUUUUGGGGGUGAGAACUAGAACAUGCUUGGUGGUUUAAAAAAUUCAUUAUUUUUCACAUAAUUUAUACUAUUACAAUAACUUUCUCCCCAGCAUUGGCACAAAUGGCUCGAUCAGUUCCAGGUCUGAUGAAGGCCCGCCUUCCGAAAAACUAAAUGUGUUGUGAUUGUUUAGCUGUCCCAGUGCGUUGUGAUUAGCUUAGACGAUGUUUCAGUACUGCCACACCUCUUGUCAAAGCAGCAAGUUCGGUCUGCUCCGGUAUAAUUAAGAAUGGCGUCAAUAUUGCCAUAUCAAUUUGAGCCAGUUUCAGAGCUUGAGAAUAACCAUCCUUUGCACAUACAGAUAUUUAAAUACAUAUUUGACUGUUAACUAGGGUUGGGCCGACAGACAAUGGCAUCAUACAUCGCCAAUAGCUGAUGGACAUCACGUUGUUGAUGUUUUUGGAAAGAAAAUUAGGUGUAUACGGAACCCGAACCCCAAAAGGGAAUAAAUACAUGAUGGGAGGAAAAUAUAUAUUCCAAUACUUUAUCUUGCAGUUAUAUCAAUGGCUAAUACUGUAGGCCUAUAUAAAUUGCGGGCAUGGAGGAGCCACUAUAAAGUUUGCCAAUGAAACUGCUUUUGAGUGCAUCAUAGCUUUUUAGUUUCACUUUCACUUUUGAGAUUUGCGAUCGCAUGUACUCUGUUUAUUCUAUGGAGCAUCAGUACUUACCACACAUUUUACAAGAUUAGAUGUUUUGUCAGUGGUUCUCAGAAUCUACAAAUCUCUCCUAUUUACUCUGUUUCUGUAGUAAUUGAAAUUGUAUGUACUGCAAUGUAACAGGCAACCGUUAGCAAACGUUAUUUGUUUUUGGUGCUUUCUGAAUACAGAUUCACGCUUCAGCACCCCCCCCCCCCACCUGCUGAAAAAUAACUGCAUUUUCUAUGUUCAGAUAAGUGCAAUGGUCGUCGUCGUCGUCUUGUCUGAUACACUCAACCAAGCGUUCUAACCCUGAACUUGCCUCUAUCUACUCCCAUCCAUUCUAAUUUCCGUAGGUGUUAAUUAUUUUCAUAUUCUAAUGGACCUCUUUGUGAUUUCACAAAACCCGGAAACAACACUGUAGUCCAAAUAAGCCAUUUGUUGUAGUUUUUGACAAGGAUUUUUUAAAAACGAAAUGUCUCCCUUUUUAGUGGACUUUUACAUUUACAAUGUUGUAGAUCUUUUUUUAUGUCCAAACAUACACACUACACACUAAAAUUCAACAAAAUUCACAAAAAGUGAAAAAGCAUAAUAGGACCCCUUUAACACCACCGAUUGUCCCUGAUUCAAUUCAUCACUUGUCUUUCUGUGUCACAAGCUGAGAUGUGCCAUGAUUUAUUCAUGCUGUUUGUCACGAGGCAUGAAACACAUCUGCCCUAAUACUAGUGAAAAGCAUCCAGUGUGAAAAGUUGUAGAACACUCGCACUGGAAAUUCUACCAAGACAUCGACUUUACUUCCUCACUCUCUUGCUCCCCCAAGUGGCCUGCAUCCAUCACCAGCCAAUCAUCUCACUGUAUUUAUGAUGCUAGAUUUACUGUCUAUUUUGCAUUUGUGUUUAUUUUUGGUCAGAUGUUUCUUUUGCUGCUUGCAAUCUUUUUAAGGGAGGUGUGGGAGUUCUUCUGUAACACUUCAUGUUUUCUUUCCUGACUCUCUCUCAGACAUCCAUGAUAAUUCUUGUCCAUUUAGAUGUUGCUACAAGGGUUCCCAUAUAUUUUGACCAGUGAAUUUACUUUUUUUUUUUCUUUUUUCUUUUUUUUAGGCAUUUACGAUUCCAGGAAACAAUUUUGAAAAUCUUAAUAUUUUUAAGUCUAUCCUGUAAUAUUUAGAUAUCAAGGUAUAUUCACUAUAGAAAUUUUUAAGAUUUUAUUCAUUUCCACACCUUUACCAGGUCUGAAGGUCACAAUUUAUAAUUCUCUGAUAUUCAAGGUUUUCCAAAUCUUUACUACACCUAAGUUUGCAAAUGUGAGUAUGAUGAAUUCAUAUCCAUAUUAAAUAUAUAUAUAUAUAUAUAAAAUGUAAACUGACCAAAUUUAUGAUAUGUAUUUUAUUCCACCAGAUUGUCAUGAAAUACACAAUUCUGAAAGCUCUUUAUCUUUAACCCUUGGUUGAUAAGGGUAUGUAGGAGAGUGUAAUAAAGCCCACCAUCCCAUAAAUGUUUUUUUUUGUUGUUGUUUAUUUGUUUGUUUUGUUAUUUAUAAGAACUGAUAUCAGUUAUAUAUUCUCCUGUGAGAGCGCUUAUUUUUGCAGUGAUUUGUUUUUUUUAGAACUUUCACGUGUUUGAAUAACUUUUGAUAAUAUUAAUUAAAACUUUUUAAAUUAUUA